AUGAAGCGCUCGAGAAGAUUCGAAGCACGCGCGAUCGAUGCCACGGCGCUGCACGUGAUUGUCGUCUCUUUGAGAAAGUGGCGCUGGAUCCUGAGCGGAUUACUCAUCACCCAUGAAAUAACGGUAGCGGGAAGAAAAGAAUACCACCCCAGUAGCUGCGCUGUGGCUCGCGGGAAAGUUGAUGAUAUCAUCGUGAAGUGUUGGAGCCCGCCAGCUUGGUUUUGGCAGAACGAGAAGGCCAUCCACAAUGCUAAUGAAUGUUGUUAUACGUCGUCUGAUGUAGAAGACCUACGAAGAGGACAAUCGCAAUACAAAGAUUUUCUGUCGCAACAAAAAUGAUAUCAUCUUGGAAACACGUGUUAACGCGCCCAACACAAUGCAAAAUCAUUUUUCUGACCAAGAUGUUGAGGAUUCCGAAAUUAUACAGGGUUGAAAUUUUAAGGUACUCUCUCAAUUUAUUUUCGGAUUCCUUUCUUCUUGAUCUGCAUGUGAUGUUGAAAGAUUGAUUUGUUAUGAGAUGAAGCGAUUUUACUUAUUUCUGUGUCUGUCAGCGUCAGGAGUCUCAACUAUCUGCAGCAUCAUUCAACACUCCUUCUCUACUAGUCUACGUCUGAGAAUAUUCUACCCUAUUCCCUAUGUAAGACUGAUAUCGAAGGUAUAUAGUCCUUGUUCAUACAAUAACAAUGCUACCCGUACGUCGUUCUCGGUGUGCCCCAAGUAAUAAAUGAACAUUAAUAGUGAAUGAUAUUGAAGAUUUUCAUCUCCAGAAGACGAUUGUGUCACUAUUAGAAGAAGAAACUACAAAAAUACCCGAUCGAGCCCUCACGAAAUAAUGCACGCAGAUCGACGAAACUAAACAAAAAUGGCAAGUAGUAAAACCCUACGCAUAAGCGUUUUUUUUUGAAUUUAUGCUUCUAUCGAAGAAUAUAGCCACAAUGAGGGGAAUAGGAAAUCUUAGGCACGUUGCCGAAUAGAUUCCAAUCAUCCUUCUAACUAGAAAAAUAAUUUCGACGAAGAUGAACAAACAUCUCGAUCUCGAUUGACCCUCCACAUAUAAUAAUAAUAAUCUCGAUCUCGAUACAUCAUGACAUUGAAAAAGAAUAAUCUGAAUGUUGCUCUAGGUAUACGCGGACCUGAACCACUUCCAUUGCCAACAUGCUUUUUUUAGUUGUAUCAUUGUUGAGAAUUGCGCCUAUCCCCAUGCAUGUUGUUGCAAAUCUAGUGCAUUACUCAUUUCUAUAAUGUUGACGCUGCCUCUGCCAGAAUAAGAAAACGUAAUAUUAGAAAUAUAUUAGAGAUUUUUCGUUCCUGAAGCAUCGAAAAGGCUCUGCGUUUUCACAUGAAAGCAGAUGGCUCGAUACGAUCGUGAUACCAGAAAAGUUCACGACGAAACCAACAAGAUGUGAAAUAUCUCGACUUUUUUUUUCUUGGACGAUUUUCAUUUUAGUUCGUUCUCGACUUCGUGUUGAGCAAGGCUUUUGCUGUUACCCUUAUCAGGACAAAAAUGACUCUAAAUUCAGCAGCACUGAAGCUGUACGCACCAUGAUGCGACAAUGACGAGGCUCUUUCGUGGCCACUCAACCCUAUAUUGUGUCUCUUUCUUGUAUCAAUCUCUUCAAAACAAGUCAGAAAGCCAAAGCCUGAGGGUCAGGGCAGGGGAAGGAAUAUCAUAUCCCAAAUUGAG